CCGUUCGAUUCACUCCACCCGCAUCCGCUCUGUCUCUGUGUUCCCCUCUCUCUCUCUGCUUGACGACUGGGUGGGCUACCGCCGCCGCCGCCCCUGCAGCCCUACCUGUCUCUUCGCCGGCGACGAACACUCACUAGGUCCGCCCUGGCUGCAGCAGCUAGCAGCAGGAGGAGAAGGAGGACACCAUGAAGCUUGACGUGAACGCCCUUCGCUACCUCUCCAAGGACGACUUCCGCGUCCUCACCGCCGUCGAGAUGGGCAUGCGCAACCACGAGAUUGUUCCAGCAGAACUUGUCGACAGGAUCGCCGGACUCAAGCAUGGAGGUACAUACAAAGUGCUGAGGAAUCUUUUGAAGAACAAGCUAGUGCAUCAUGAUGCCACUAAAUACGACGGAUAUCGGCUCACCUAUCUAGGAUAUGACUUCCUUGCCAUCAAGACUUUGGUUAAUCGAGGAGUUUUUGCUUCAGUUGGCCGUCAGAUCGGUGUUGGAAAGGAGUCUGAUAUAUUUGAGGUUGCCACAGAGGAUGGCACAAUACUCGCCAUGAAGCUUCAUAGGUUGGGCAGGACAUCUUUUAGGGCUGUGAAAUCUAAACGUGACUAUCUAAGGCACCGAAGGAGCUUUAAUUGGCUAUACCUCUCACGACUUGCAGCCUUGAAGGAAUUUGCCUUUAUGAAGGCUUUAGGGGACCAUGGUUUCCCUGUUCCAACUGCUGUGGAUUGCAAUCGGCACUGUGUGAUCAUGUCACUUGUGCAGGGAUAUCCUCUUGUUCAAGUGAAAGAGUUACAAAAUCCAGAUGAUGUUUUUGACACAAUUCUUGGUCUUAUAGUUCGUUUAGCAGAGCAUGGACUGAUACAUUGUGACUUUAAUGAGUUCAAUAUCAUGAUUGAUGAUGAUGAAAAAAUUACGGUUAUUGACUUUCCUCAGAUGGUGUCUGUUUCUCAUCGUAAUGCCCAAAUGUUUUUUGACCGAGACAUUGAGUGUAUCUACAAGUUCUUUAACAAAAGGUUCAAUCUGACGUCAGAGAAAAAUGAAGAACAACCUGGAUCUGAAAGUGAUGAUGAAGGAAAUAGCAGGCCUUCCUUUUUGUCCGUGAAAAAGGCUGCUGGUUCCUUGGACAAGGAACUAGCUGCCAGUGGAUUUACCAGGAAAGAGCAAGUGGAGAUGGAGAAGUUCAUUGAGGAAGAUGCUGGACAUGAUUCCAGCUCCGAUGAUGAUGACGACGAUGACGAGGUCAGUGAUGCUGUGCCUUUGGUUUCCUUGAAGAUAGACCAGCAGGUACGUCUGCCUAGCAAGGAUGGUUCUGAUGAGCCUGAUUCUAAUCUUGCCUCAAGGGAUUCAGAUGUGCCUGGAACUUUUUCUGAAGAGCAUGGAACAAGUUGUUGCGGUGAGAACGGAUUGGAAAGUACUCCCUCAGGUGACAAUGGAGAGGCUCUUCUAUCUGGGUCCCAGGAAGAUGACGAUAAUGAUGAUGACUCGGCAGAGGAUGCUGAUGAAGAAGAAGAUGCUGAGCUCACGAAACAAUUGAACAAGCAAAGGAAAAAGGCAAUAGCAGCUGCCCAUGGGGGUGGGAGAAGGCUAGUUUCAUCCAGGAACACCUACAAGGACAAGGGUAAGGGCACCAUGAACUCCAAGAUCCAGAGGCAGGCGUGCAAGUGGUGAUGGCUGAAUGUCUGCAGUGCCUCUUGCGGCAGUGCUUGCUAAAAUAGAUGAAGUGUAGGAUUAUGUAUGACUGUAGAACCGAGGGACCGACCACUGAUCAAUUCCGGCUUUAUUUUUUUAUUUUGUUGUAUACCUUUUGUACACGGUUCUUAUGUUUGGCAACUGAAUAUCUGAGAAUACAUGUUUGGCAGCUGGCUAUUUCCUUGCUUCA